AUGGCUAAUCCUCCUGACAUAGACCACCAGACCAGCCAAUCAGAGAUCAGGUGCCGUUGGUUCGGCUUUGCGCAUGCGUACCAGGAUAUCAGCUACCUAACAGGUGUCGGCAGUGCCCCCGGUUUGGAUGACGUAGUGGCCUUGGAGGUCAUGGGAUCAGCUACGUCACACGUGUUCGCCGGACUUAGUCUUCAACAUUUUCAGAGAUAUUACGUCACCGUGGUGGCGCGAACCGAGGCGGGUGAAGUGAACGCCACGUCCGACGGUGUGGCAGUGUUACCUCAGGAUGGGGAGUUAGCUGGAGCCACGGUGUCCGAUGGAUCCUGUCACUCUCCUAUUUUGUACAACGAGUCCUUAUUUACGCACCACUCGUCUGCGGCGUUUCCCGCGUCAUGUGCGGACGAUAUUGACUUCCAGGCGUCCACAACAACCGUGCACAGCUUCUGGAGCGUCCCAGCAUCAAUGGAAGACUUUGUUUCGUACGUUCGAUGGACACUGGAGAGAGAGCAGUCUGUUGGAGGCACAACUUGGGAAGCUGUCCGAACGAUACAAGAUGCUCCAAACACCGGAUUCCUCGUGGCAACAGAGCUGCAUCUGUCGCCAGGCGGGCUCUACCGCUCCGCGCUGCAGUUCUGCCACCAAGAUGGCUGCUUCCGCCCCACGGUGUCCGAUGGAUUCUGGGUAACAGCAGAACCACCGGUACCGACCGAAAUCAACAGUUUAAUCUAUGAUGAUGGGAACAUGUCACUCACCUUUUCGUGGAACGAGUUUGUCACCACAGAGCUGACUGGGGAUGAGGCACUGCAGACGAUGGCCAUGGGUGGCUAUGAGUGGACUCUCUCCGUGACUGGGAAGGAGAGCUCGGCCCUGGGAACGAUCUUGUAUCCAUGGCAACCUGUCGUCGACUUGAGGAGAUCAGGACAAAAUAUAUCAGCUACUGUCGCCCUCCCCAACCCCCUGGAGUUCACCACCUGUAUAAAGCUCCUUCUCCGCGGUAAGAACAAGGCGGGGCUUUACUCCGUGACGUCGCGAGAAAUUCAUGACUGCAACGAUCCAGGGUCUGUCAACAUCCGGGACCCUGUCGUCUUUGACGCCGUCCCUGAUUUUAACGCAACAUUGGAAGAAAAUAGUGGCAUCUCAUUAUCCACGAACCACUUCUGGACAGUCCCAGAUGAGGACUUCACUCGUUCCCGGGACACCCUGGCGGCGGCCUGGCCCUCCCUCAGACACGGGGACUACUACUGGAAGGUUCUCUCCUCGGAUUCCAUCGAGCGCUGGUCCUACCACAGACACGAGAACGGGAUCAACUAUCACUCCUUCCGCUGUGACGAACCAGAGACGCUGAGAUGCGGUCAAACAAAGCUCAAUUUUGUGAACGUGCGAGGACUGGACCUACAGAAUGGCCAGCGGUACUUCGUCUGCGUGUUUGCCGAGGAAACGACGCUGGAGUUCGAGAAGUUCGAGCAGGUCGCGCCGGAAGUUUCCGUGUGUUCCAACGGAGUGGUGGUGGACACGGAGCCGCCUGUGCCUGGAGAAGUGCACGCUGGGUGGGGAAACCAGAACUACCAGACAUCCACCACGGUGUUGCCGAUCGUGUGGGAGUCGUUCAGAGAUGUGGAAGUUCACGGAAACACCGGACACCAGCACUCUGGGGUCGUCAAGUACGAGUAUGCUAUAGGAACGUCACCGGGAGUGAUGGAUGUCCGUCAGUCUGUGGAUGUUGGUCUGACCAAUCACGUUGUCGCUCGUGAUUUGCUGCUUCAGAGUGGACACACGUACUACGUCACUGUGAGAGCGACUGAUCAUGUUGGGCUUCAAGCAACGGCGACGUCUCCAGGGUUAACCAUCGACACAACACCUCCGUCUGUCACGAACACCCGCAUAGACGUGGGAGGGCGGUACCUCAUGUCUACUGACGUGGUGUCAGUCAACUGGGACGGGCUGUUCUUCGAUCUAGAGAGUGGAGUGAGAGAUUAUGCCUGGUGCAUUGGGUCACAGCCUGGCCAUGAUGACGUCAUGUCGUACGAUGACGUUGGUCCAGAGGAACAGGCGUCAUCCGACCCCAGCACCAGCCUGGGACUUCUGGAGGGACACACCUACUUUGUUACAGUCAAGGCCACGAACCGGGCGGGUCUGGCCGCCACAGCCUCGUCCUGGGGGUUUGUAGUGGAGGCGUCCCCACCUCUGACUGGGUUCGUAAAUGAUGGCGGACAGCAGGACAUCGACUAUCAGUGUGGGUUUGUAGUGGAGGCGUCCCCUCCCCUGCCUGGGUUCGUGCGUGAUGGAAGGCAGCAGGACAUCGACUAUCAGCACAACCUGUCCACCAUCAGCGCCACGUGGGGCGGUUUCCGCGAGCCGCACACCGACAUCGCCGAGUACUCGUGGAUGGUCGGCACGUGCUCGGGGUGUGAUGACGUCAUGGAGGAACAACAUGUCGGACUCAUUACCGACGUCAGCGCAACUGACCUGAACCUCCAGCCAGGAGUUAAGUACAUUGUGACAGUGACGGCCUGUAACACCGCGGACCUCUGCACCACCGUGAGUUCUGAUGGAGUCGUCCCGGACACCUCCCCUCCUCUGGCCGGGCUCGUACUGGACGGGAACAGCGAUGGAGAUAUUCAGUACCAGGCGUCCAGAACGACAAUACGGGCCCAUUGUUUCAACUUCCACGACCCCCACACCGGACUGUCCCAUUACGAGUGGAGGGUGGGCACCAGUGCCGGUGCUGAGGACAUCCUGCCGUCUACCGGGCUGCACCUGUCUGAGCAAGCCUUCGCCUCGGGCUUAGACCCGCCACUGCCGCUGGGGGUUCCGCUGUUCGUGACCAUUAGGGCGUACAAUAAAGCAGGUCUUUGGGUUGAGAGAUCGUCUAACGGCUUUACUGUAGACAACACCGCGCCGUCAUCGGUAACCAACCCUAUUGUUGACUCUACACUCGGGUCAUUGGUACCAAAUACCCAGGUUUGGAGAGAUACCUUACAGGCCACGUGGGACUUUGCUGAUCAGGAGAGCCCGCUGCUGUACCACGUGAUCAGCCUGUACACCCAUCAUCAGUCUGACCUGGUCACGGAACCGGUCCGGUUGCCAGGCGACGCCGACGGCCACGCCUUCUCCAACCUGACGCUGCACGACGGAGACACAUACUACGUCAAAGUGACGGCAUGUAACGCCGCAAUGUUGUGCACAACGAGGGAGUCACUAGGACACAUGGUUGACUCCUCGCCUCCAACAGUCGGCACCUUUGCCGUCGCCACUGAUCACGUGACAGCACUGGGACGUGACGUAGACGGUCACAUGACGUACUGGCAGACCAUUGGCUCAACCGGGCCACACCUUCGGCUGGCCUGGCUGGGGUUCGCUGAUCCUCACAGCGGCAUAGACCACUACCUGGUCACUGUGGGGACGUUCUAUAGUGGCACUGAUCUGACACAGGAUGGCACUGUAAGAGUGAACCAUACUGGCAGUUUCGAGUCGUCAGGAGAAGGCCGGGUGCAGCUGGGGACUGUGCCAGUUAGCAGGGACUUGGUGCCUGGAGAAAGGGUCUAUAUCUCACUAUGGGCAGUCAAUACGGUUGGACUAAACGGAGAUGUAGCACACGCAACUUUUGAAACCGUCCCCUCUAACCCAACGAGUGGAGUUUUGGAUCUAGUGCGCAGGUGCGAGGCGCAGUCCUGCCAGGGGCACUGCACAUGCGCACCGAGUAACCAGAAAUGUCAACCUCUCAGUGCUGCCUGCAAUGAAGUCACUGGAAACUCUCAGUACACAUCAGUUGAAGUUCUUGACACCUUGGAUCUCCGUACCAGCGCUCCACCUGGCCAGGACGUCAACUUCACCCGAUCUUCAACUUCUCUCGCUGCAAUGUGGAGUGCAGAGCAGGACAGCAGGAUUCCAGUGCAAAGAUAUGAGUGGAGUGCAGGCCUGGCUGGGGAGGUUGCCGGAAGUCACGUGUUUGACACCAGUACAGACCGGAUAUGGCAUGACGUCGGCAGUCGGACGUCAGCAGUUCUGACCCUAAGAAGAGAAGGGACCUACGCAUCCCUUGAGCCACGUGUAACGUACGUCUGGUACGUGCGAGCCUGGUACAGUCAGAACGACUUCGCCAUUUUCACCUCGGACGGUGUGAAGAGCCUUCCACUGCCGCCACAGGUGUCUGGCUCCAGAAAGGUAAAAGAUCUGGAGAACAUUUCCACCAACAAGGACAAAGACUUCACCACCAGUCAGACCAUGAUUGCCGUUUCCUGGAACAGCGUCUUCCCUGAUCCAUUCGAGGAGAUAAGCAACUACCAGGUGGCUUUGGGGACAUCGCCUGGAGGUAUGAGUUUCAUUGGCUACGUUACUGCCUGA